CUUGUAAUAAUCAACUGAUCCUGUUUUAAGAUCUUCUAGUUUUCGCACCAUCAAUUGCAACUAUGGAGAAAACCAAUGCCAAGAAGGAGAUGUCUCUAAACCCAAGUUUAAUUGACUUGGUGUUUUCUUGGUCUCUUGAGGAUGUACUCAAUAAAGAUUUCUACAAAGACAAGGUGAAGAAGAUACCAGAGACAUUCAUAUCGACAACGGAGUACAUGAACUCAUUCAUUGCUCCACUUAUAUCAGAAACACACGCAGGCUUGUCGUCAAGCAUGAAAGCAAUCUCUCAGGCACCAGUAUGUGAGUUAUUGUCUGUAGAAACAUCAAAAGGUUUCAGAGUUCCCCAAAGUAUGGUUUACAAGGUUGAGUUUAAAAGCAGUGCUGAUCAGAAUCAUGGGCGGAAAUACGAGCCUCAAGUAGGAGAUCUUAUUGCUCUGUCGGAUGUUGUACCGAAACGCGUUUAUGAUCUGAAAAGUCCCAAGAGAUCCUAUCUUAUUGCUUAUGUUCGUGGUUCUGACACAGUACUGUCAUCAAAGCCGAUCUUUAAUGAAAAUGAAAUGCGGAUGGGCAACAGAAAAACUCUCUUUGCUGUUUUUCUAAUUAACAUGAUAACGAAUUCUCGUAUAUUUAAGGCGCUGCAUGUAGAACUAGAAAGGAUGAACUUGAACAUCAUCAAAGCAGCGAUUACAACAGAUUCUCAAGGUGGGCAAGAUUGUGGUAUUUGCCUUUCUAAAUUGCAGGAUAGUUCUGCUUUUUCAGAGAUACUGGACAUAAUAAACAAGUCAGAUUUGAAUGAUUCCCAAGAAGUGGCAAUCUUAAGCUGCAUCAGCAUGAGGGAAUGUCAUCAUCGUAAUAGUGUUAAACUAAUAUGGGGACCUCCUGGGACAGGGAAGACAAGUACAGUGUGCGUGUUGUUAUCUGCAAUCCUUAAGUUGAAAUGCAGAACAAUUACUUGUGCUCCGACUAACGUUGCAGUGGUGCAAGUGGCAGCUCGACUAAUAUCAUUAGUCAAAGGGUCGCUUGCAUUUGGCAGUUAUGGCCUUGGAGACAUAGUUUUAUUCGGGAAUGCAAAGCGUAUGAAGAUUGACGAGUGUGAUGAUCAUAUCCUUGACAUAUUUCUUGAUCAUCGUGCAAAUGUACUUCAUCGUUGUCUAUCUCCGUCCACCGGGUGGAAGCAUAAUCUAGAGUCCAUGAUAUGUCUGCUUGGGGACCCUAAAUCUCAGUACCUUCAGUAUUUGAAAGCCAAAAAAGUGAAACUUAGCAAGGAAGAUGGUAGUGACACCCACAGUAAAUUUUGGGCGUCCCUAUCAUCUUCCUCGGUGUGGAAGUUGUUAUCUUUUGGAAGGCACCUCAUUGGAACUUUCGAAAUGGCCUUCGUGGAAGAAAACAACAAAAACAUAAAAAAGGAGCAGGUGCCUUCUGAGAAGCACAAGAAUGCAAAGCAUAAUGAGAGGGCCACAACUUGUGAUGUUCCUCUUACGUUCUUGGAGUAUCUAAGACAAAAUUUCGAAGUUUUAGUUGAGGGGCUUACAUUUUGUAUUGAAAACUUGCGCUUGCAUUUACCAACUUCUGUCAUAUCUUUAAAAGUGGUAAAUGACAUGGUAAGAGCUGUUGGUUCUAUCAAAUCCAUAGAAUCUUUGCUGUUUCAUGGUAGUAUUAAUGAUGAUUGGCUGAAGCAAGUCGCUAAUGGUUCUGAAGAUGCAGGAAGCAUGUAUGAUUUGCUGAAGCAUGUCGUUAGUGGCUCUGAAGAUGAAGGAAGCAGAAAUAUUGGUCAUUUUUCAAAGUUGUAUGAUUGGCUGAAGCAAGUCCUUAAUGGCUCUGAAGAUAAAGAAAGAAAUAUUGGUCAUUUUUCAAAGUUGUGCUCUGAAAGAAAGAAUUGCAUUGAUAUUCUCAAAUCACUUCCUCAAACAUUCCCUGAACCAAGUACUUCUGCAGAUGACAUAAAGAACUAUUGUUUGGCAAAUGCGUGUAUAAUCUUCUGCACUGCGUCAGGCUCUGUUGAGCUGCUCAAUGAAGGACAGAAGCCGCUGGAAUUUUUGAUAGUUGAUGAAGCUGCACAACUAAAAGAAUGUGAGUCUGUCGUUCCUGCGCUACUUCCAGGUAUACAACAUGCUAUUCUCAUUGGAGAUGAGAGACAACUCCCUUCUAUGGUUCAAAGCCAGAUAUCUGAUGAUGCUAAUUUUGGGAGGAGCUUGUUUGAAAGGCUUGUCUUACUUGGGCAUAGGAGACACCUUCUAAAUUUUCAAUAUAGGAUGCAUCCAUCAAUAAGCUUAUUUCCAAAUAAAGAGUUCUAUGAUGGGCAAAUCCAGGAUGGUCAGAAUGUCAAAAGGAAAUGCUACAAGAAAGAUUUCCUUCAAGGUAAAAUGUAUGGUCCGUACUCGUUUAUCAACAUAGCUCAAGGAAAAGAGAGCGAUUCACAUAGCAAAAAAAAUAUGGUCGAGGUUGCUGUGGUCUCUGAAAUAUUGGCAAGCCUUUAUGAAGCAUUUAUGAGCACACAAAGGAAAAUUAGCAUAGGAGUUAUAUCACCAUAUAACGCUCAAGUUUAUGCCAUUCAAGAGAGAAUCGGAAAGACGUACAGCGAGGGCAGUGACUUCUCAGUCAGUAUUCGAUCAGUUGAUGGGUUCCAAGGUAGCGAAGAGGACAUCAUAAUUAUCUCCACUGUCAGAAGCAAUGGGCGAGGGUCAGUUGGUUUCCUUUCCAAUCUCAAUAGGGCAAAUGUGGCUCUGACUCGUGCAAGGUAUUGCCUGUGGAUAUUGGGGAACGGCACGACGCUUACAAAUAGUGGUUCCAUUUGGAAGAAGAUAGUAAUGGAUGCUAAGGAACGAGGGUGCUUCCAUAAUGCGGAUGAGGACGAGAAGUUAGCUCGUGCCAUUACAGCCAGCCUGGUUGAGCCUGAUCAACAUUACGCUAAUCGUCUUUCAAAGACAUUUUCUUCACUUAGUCUCGGGGAUUGACCCAAAUGAUCGACCACAUCUUUGAUGGCGGAGUUGCUGAAAGCCUGGAAUCACUGAAGUAUCAAAUUGCUUUCUUUUGGAAACAUUACUAAAUGUCAAAUGUUUUAUCAGCAUCUUUACUGCUAUGUAACUAAUUAAUUUCAAGAAGCAUGUGUCAUGGAGCUUAUUUUAAUGAUUUAAUCUAAAAAUUGUGUGUUUGCUUUUGAGACUUAUAUUACAUUUGUUG